AAGACAAGCUGAAGAUCCACAUGCGGAAGCACACAGGGGAAAGGCCGUACCUCUGCAUCCACUGCAGCGCCCGCUUCGUCCACAACUACGACCUGAAGAACCACAUGCGGAUCCACACCGGGAUCCGUCCCUACCAGUGCAAGUUCUGCUACAAGAGCUUCACCCGCUCGGAUCACCUGCACCGCCACAUCAAGCGCCAGAGCUGCCGGAUCUCCCGGCCCCGAAGAGGACGCAAGUCGGCACCCUGGAGAACGGCCAGCUUGCUCUUCGCCCCGACUGGACAACCGGACGACAAGAGCUUCCUGGUGCCCCCGGCAUUGGAAGACAUGAGCGGCCACUUGGGCGGCCCCGGGCUGUGCCUCCCGGGCCCCAGCCCCUUCAUGGAAGCGGCCAAGAACGGCUUGAACCUCCAGGAACUGGAGAACCAGUUGGAGGAGACCCAGAUGAAGCUCUUUGGGCGGACACACCUGGACCUGGAUCGGAACGGAGGCCUCUUUGCCUUUGCCCUGAGCCACGGCGAGGGCCUCUCGGCGCGGCCGUAUUUCUCCCUCCCGGAUCCCUGGGGCUCGGGGUUCAAUGGACUGGCCGCCCUCAACCCCUUGGCCUCUCUCUCUGAAUCUAGCAACUGAGUUGUCUUCUCUUCGAGGGAUGGGUUGGACCCCGUUCUCCAGUACUGCAUUGGUUCCCAGUCAAGAAGGAAGGACGUAUUUUCCCUUUAUAAAAGGACUGUCUUGAAAAUUAAGCUCCCUUAGGGACUUUUUUUCAAAACACCCCCAAAGACAUCUCUUCUUUGCUCCAACAAAUGCAGGGAAGAAAAAUGGAAUUCCCAGCAGCAGACUUCAAUGUUCUUGGUUUAUUAUCUUUCCAAGUGACCGUUUUACAUCUUAAUUUUUUGGGGGAGGGAGGGUGUUGUUUUGGAUUUUGACUUUUCUUUUUUCUCCUUUUUUGGGCUGGUUAUCCAACCCGGAGUCCUUGUAAAAUAUCCAAAGAUUCUGAAGACUGUAAAAUCCACAAGAACUGGAUGCAACAAACAAACAAACAAAACAAAAUCCCUCUUGUUUUUUUUUCCCCUUUUCGGUUUCAUUUCCUGAACAAUGGAAUGGGGGAAGGAUGUGGUAGCAAGGGUGGGAAAUCCUUUGAAAUUUUUUCUAUUUAUAACUAUUUUUAUGUGAUUGCUUUAUGUAAAGAAAAAGUAAAAAAAAAAAAAAACAAGACACCAGACAGAUUUGCCUUAGAUAAUCAAGGGACAAUCAUCCUUAACUUGGCCCGAAGUUCUAGAUUUUGUGUUUCCUAAAAGGCAAGUAAAUACGCUUUAUGUAUUUAUUGAGCAGUAUUAACUGAUUUUAUUAAAUUAUUGGCCGUCUGCAGGAUGUUUGGUAUGCUUGUUAGUCAAAGCUGGGGAAGAUAAACGUUGUUGUGAGCAGCAAAGUUGUGAAGUACACUUGCUUCUCACAUUCCCGCUUUCUAAGGUGAUGCACUUAGGACCUUCUUAACUGGACACCUACACAAAGUGAUGUGUGAAAGGGUGCCAUCCGUGUUCCAAAUUUAAUCCCAUGCACUUAAGCAGAUCUGGGCCCUUCUGUUGGCCAUUCUGAGGGACCUAUAAAAUGGGUUGGAGGAAAGCUUUUCCCUUGGACUUCCUUGCCUGAUCUUUCCCAUGGUCAGAGGAACAAUGGGGGUUGAUUACGGUCCUUGUAGUUAAAAAGUUAAGGUUGAUUGCCCCUGGGUCAUCUUCUCUUGGUUUAUCGGUUAACUGGUUCCUGGAUGGAUUCAUGUUUUGUUUUGUUUUCCUGGUGAAAAGACCAUUACAGACUUUUAUUAAUGCUCUAGCAGUUUCUUGGUCUUUAAUAUAUGGCAACCAGGCCAAAUCUCUGGGGACAGG